AGGAGGCGCAUCAGCGGACAGCAGCAUGUUGUGAAAGUAAAGCAGCGGGACGUCCUUCAGGGUCCAACGAUGAAGAUAGCUGUGCUGGGGGCCACAGGCCAGACGGGACAGUACCUGGUUAAGCAGGCGCUGCAGCAGGGACACACGGUCACCGCUAUAGUCAGAAACCCGGCCAAGCUCAGGGUGCAACAUGACAAACUAAAGGUAGUGGAGGCGGAUAUUUUCUCAGCCAGCACUUUAAAGGCUCAUUUCAAAGGGCAGGAUGUGAUCAUUUCCUGCCUGGGCUUUCCAGCUUCCUUCUUGUCCGGGGUGACAGGCUACACCCUUUCCAUGAGUGCCAUUGUCAGCGCCAUGCAAGAGGUCAGGGUCAACAAGAUCAUCACCAUGACCUCCUGGUACACCGAGCCAAACUCUGGAACCCAGUCACCCUACCUCAUCCGUUUCCUCCUGUUGCCAAUGAUCCGAAGUGUCCUCACCAACAUGUAUGAGAUGGAGCUCUUCUUAAAGAAGAAACACGACAUCAGCUGGACAGUGGUUCGGCCCCCAGGACUCACGAACCUGCCUUCAACAGCUAAAGAGUUUCUUACUCACGAGGGCUUCUUUGUACCCGACUCCGACGGGCAUCCCGCUGGCAGUACUGUGGGCAGAGGAGACGUGGCUCGCUUCAUGCUAUCUCUGCUCAGUAGCAAUGCUUGGGUUAAGAAGGGGGUAGCUGUUACCACUAAGUAGGCCGAUGUAACCAUUCUCAAUAAAUGUGCUGUCCCUUCUAUUCUGUCACAAAGUGCUCAUGGGUACAGUCAUGCCAUUGUCUUAAUUAGACUUUUGUCUGAUGUUUAUGUCUUAUUCAUUGUCUUGUUCAUUAGCUUUUCAACAUCUUGCUCUGAUGUUGACAGAUGAAUCAAUAUAAAUGAGAUCUAUGUAUGAAUGCCUCUUUAUGAUAUUGUUUCCAUUUAGGAAAAGCUGUGUACUGUGUUUUAUUUAACGGAAACCACACGCAGCGGGGUAAACUUUAAAAAUCAACUUUGCCUCAUGAGGGUAAUAGUGCACAAGGCAUUGACUACAGCAGGGAUAGGCAACAUGGUCCAGAAAGGUCCGGUGUGGGUGCAGGUCUUUGUUCCAACCAAGCAGUUACACACCUGAUUCUAUUAGUCAACCAAUAGUCUUUGUUAAGGACCUUGAUUUGUAGACUCAGGUGUGUAACUCCUUGGUUGGAACAAAGACCUGCACCCACACCAGAUCUUUCUGGACCAUGUUGCCUAUCCCUGGACUACAACAUGUCAUUCAUUAUCCCUCUUAUUAGACGUAUCCAUGCAGAAUAACUUAAUGGUUGGAAUUUGUGUAUAAAGUUACGGGGACCUAUGUCUAUCCUGACUACGUUUAGAUGUACCUAUGUCAUAAUAUAUACCUAUAAUAAUAUAUAUAAUAAACAAUGCCAGAAGUUAUGGGGUCCAAACCACUGCUCUCUCACAAGGUGACUGUGGCGGCGACAAAAAUUAUGCGCUAAGUGACCUUCGAGCCUCAUUAUUGUUGAAUGUAUUUCUGGCAGUUGACCAAUUUGUCUGCAUCUUGUAGACCAAGGUUUUAAAUUGUCUGCUGUCCCUCAUAAAAAGAAUCCGUUUCGUAC